CGACGAGAUGGCGAAAGGGAAGGUGGUGUCGGUGUUCUCUCUAGUCAUCAUAGGAGUGGCUCUGUGGCUUCAUAGGGACGAUGGCAGCUCUGUGUUGAAGCAGAGACUAGAGCAGGUGCUGAAGGCGAUGCUGGAGGUAGAGGAGCGUCAUCCAGUAGGUGAGGUGCGGAUAGCUGUCGGCUACGGAGCUUGUCGGGAUGUGUUCGUGCAGGGAGGCAAGCUGCUGGGCCCCCUCCCCUCCCCGCCCCACCACCACUCUCGCAUCCACUCUCUACACCAGCUGAAGGAGGUGUAUGCGUUCUUCUUCACCGCUGGGUCUGCCGCGGAACGCUAUGUGCAGAACGAGACACUUUUCCGAGAGGUCCUGGAGGCGGCGGAGGGGCUGGGGGGGUCCUACUCUGCAGUGGGGGGUAAUGCUCCAGUUAUGGCCUCCCGUUUUGCCAAGGAGGGGGCGCGAGUCAUCCUGGCAGCCAAACGCAGCCCAUACCUCCUCCACUCACUCCAUCCAGAUGUUGUAGUUGCUGGUGAUGACACUGAUGGGACCCGCGAUGUACACCUGAUCCUGGAGUACCCUGUGGGGGACUCCUGGGGCCCUUACCGCUCCCCCAGGGCCAACAGGUUCAUCAUUCACAGUGACCAGAGUAAUCCCAUGCUGAGUUCUGUCGAGGCCUUCACCGCCACUCUGUCCACCUUCCACCCGCACCUGUUUGUGGUUGGCGGCCUGCAGAUGAUGGACAACUUCCCCUUCACCCCCGGCACGAGAGAGGCCAGACUUGGGGCCCUCAGCAAACAGUUAGCAUCCCUCCCAGCCAGCUCCCUCAUUCACUUCGAAAUGGCCUCUUUUACUGAAGAAGCUCUAUUGCACAGCCUCGUAGACAAGAUUUUGCCUUACUCCGACUCCCUGGGCAUGAACGAACAGGAGCUGCCCAAUCUGUACAACAUGCUGAGGUACGGUAACAUCACGCUGGUGUCCGACUACAACCCGCGUGUCGCUGUUGUGCUCGACCAGAUGCGCUACGUCUUCAGACACCUGAGCGGUACGGGGUCCAGCGACAACAGCACGGGUCGCCGGCAACUGACCCGCCUGCACCUGCACCUCGCGUUCCAGGCCAUCAUGGUGCGCAGGGGUGCCAGGUGGACCAACACUCUCGCUGCUGCUACUAAGGCCGCUCUCACCGCCAAUAGACACGUUUGCGGCGAUGCUAAGAUAAGCCUGGAAAAAGCCAAGAUGUUGAUGGACGAUGGCUUCACUCUAUCUGAGGAAGCCGCUGGAAGAGUCAUGUUUGACAAUAAGAGACCUGUGGCUUGCUGGACGGAGGAGGGGGACACACUGGAGGUGUGCAUUGCCCCUGUGUUAGUGUGUACGUCCGUCAGACACACAGCCGGUGGUGGGGACAACAUAUCUGCUGCUGGCCUUAUCCUGCAGGUCUAGUGUGUCUGUCUGUGUGUUUGUCUGUCUGUCUGUCUGUCUGUUUUAAAGUGAUGGUAUUAAUAGUUGUAGUAAUGAUGGUAUUAGUUGAGAGAGAGAGAGAGAGAGAGAGCAGUUAAUUCUCUCU